GUCAGAGUGUCACAACACACAACACCUCCAACCAAAGCACUUCAACAAACAGCGAGAAAUUGUGAUAUUAAAAUAUCAACAUUAUCGAGCCAUCUGUGAUUUAUUAGCGCAUGCCAGUGUUAUAUAUUUUAAACAUUUUGACCAGUGCGUCACUUUACUGGCGUUUAUUGAAAUUAAAUUUAUAUUCAAGCCGGUUUUGAGACUCAAGGUGCUGCUUCUCAGUUGAAUCUACACCUCUCUCCUUUUUGAUAUCAAGUUUACAGUUCGUGAUCAGAAGGCUACUUUUGGAAUAAACACUACAAAGUUACACAAUGGUAUCACCCUUGGUCGGCAUAGCCGUUUUAUAUUUGUUUUGUUCGAUAAAUGGACAACAAGGUCAAGACCUAGACGCUCUAAUAAACUCAGUGUUCUCCAAACCGAUAUCUGAAGCAGCUAAGCCAGUAACUUCAUCACCAGGAAUCAACUUACAACCCGUAGAAAGCCAUGGUGGUGAAGCUUCAACUGGUAUUCCAGGAAUUGGGGAGUGCACUUGUGUACCUUAUUACCUUUGCAAUAAUGGAACUAGCAAUACUAAUGGAGAGGGAAUUAUUGAUAUUAGAAUAAACGACGGCCCUUGUGGUAACCAAUAUAUUGACGUAUGCUGUGAUAAGAAGAAUACAGUCGAAGAACCUAUAACCCCAACUCCCAACACAAACACUGUUGGUUGUGGCCAUAGAAAUUCAAGAGGAGCUGGAGUAAGAAUUACCGGCGCGAUGGAUGGAGAAGCUGAAUUUGGGGAGUUCCCUUGGAUGGUGGCAAUCUUAAGAGAGGAAUCGGUAGAAGGUAACCCGCUAAAACUGAACGUUUACCAAUGCGGUGGUUCACUGAUCCAUCCUCAGGUUGUGCUUACUGCAGCCCACUGUGUCGCCGGUAAAAAUAAAGUAUUUAAAGUUAGAGCUGGAGAGUGGGACACGCAGCAUGAGAAGGAGCUUUAUCCGUUCCAAGACAGAGAGGUGAAGUCGAUUGUUGUUCAUCCACAGUUCUAUGCUGGAGCACUCUACAACAAUGUAGCUCUUUUAUUUUUAGCAUCACCUGUCAGUGCCGCUGAACAUAUAUCCACAGUGUGCUUACCCUCACAAAAUCAAGCAGUGCCAUCUGCAUCUGGAUUUGCCACUGGUUGGGGAAAAGACCAGUUUGGCAAAAAAGGCAAGUACCAGGUCAUUCUAAAGAAGAUUGAAUUACCGGUAGUAGCAAAUAAUAUUUGCCAAGAUAAACUAAGAACGACUCGUUUGGGUAGGUUCUUUGAACUUCACAAUAGCUUUAUGUGCGCUGGAGGAGAGCCUGGUAAAGAUACUUGCAAGGGAGAUGGAGGCAGUCCUUUGGUGCUUCCUACUGGUACCGAAGAAGAUAAAUUUUACCAAGCUGGUAUUGUAGCGUGGGGAAUUGGUUGUGGUGAGAAUGGCACCCCCGGUGUUUACGUAAAUGUUGCUAAGUUUAGGAGUUGGAUCGAUGAGCAAAUGGCGAGACAGAACUUGGACACUUCUACCUAUAAAUACUAAACUUAGGUGACUUAUGUAAUUAAGAUUGACUUUUAUACGCUUUAUUUCAAUAAAGUUUAAAAUUUUUACAAUUUUUU